CCCACAUCAUUUGUAGAGGGGUUCAGAGGACGUCCAGUCCAUACCAGCGCAUUAUAAUAAGAUAAGAGUAUACGAUCGACUGAUUCCCAGACCAUCUCUUCCUCCCGAUACAAAGAGCAAUUGUGACAAUACAACUCUAUCGACUAAAUGGCGGAAACCAAUAUUAUUAGAGACAUCAAAGAAGUGCACAGAGACGAGGAAAACAGCCUCAUAUUCGAAAAAAAUGUCUCAAUCCCUCUUAAAAAGUCGGAUUUACCUGUCCGCUGUAACGUCUAUCUACCUCUAAGUACCGAAAAUGGCAAUAAAUUCCCAGUGCUGGUUACAUACGGACCAUACGGAAAGGACAUCCCUUACGCCACUUUUUUCAAGGGCUCGUUCAACGAAGUGAAUCCUGAGCAUAAAAGUAAAUACAGCGCAUGGGAGACUCCAGACCCCGUGUAUUGGACUGCGCGAGGCUACAUUGUUGUGCGUGCUGAUGAGAGGGGUCUGGGACAGAGUCCAGGGUUGCUGGAUACGAUGAGCCGAGGAACCAGUGAGUGUUUCUUUGAUGUGGUCGAAUGGGCUGCAGAGCAAGAGUGGAGUACCGGAAAGGUUGGUUUAUUAGGGAUUAGUUAUUAUGCCGGAAGUCAAUGGCGAGUUGCUGCGCGGAGACCAAAAGGUUUGGCUGCUAUAAUUCCUUGGGAGGGAAUGUCGGAUUACUAUCGCGAUCGAUGCCGCCACGGUGGAAUACUAUCCAAUAAAUUCGUCGACUUUUGGUGGAACCGUCAGGUUCUCGUGAAUCAAUACGGCAAGCCUGGACGUUCAAAACUCACAUUCCCUCCAGAUGGGCCUGGUGCCCGUGGCCAAGAAGAUACCAUUGAGGGUGAUUUAUCAGAAGAUAUUCUUAGGAAGAAUCGCAUGGACCAAACUGAAGACAACGAAGCAAAUAGAUUCAGGGACGAUGAGUACUAUGCCAGCAAGGAAUUCAAUUUAGAGGAUAUCGAGGUUCCACUACUCUACCAUAAUGAAGUCGAGAUCCAAAAGUCAUUCUUCGACGCCUUCCUAAAAGGCCAAGAUACCUACGGCUGGUCCACACCAGGAAAAGUCCCGCCUGUAACUAUAACCAUUCGCAAAGGCAACUUGGGAUUUAACGAUGCUGUUGCAGAGUCCGCAUACACUAAACGCACCGAAACCGCAUGGCCACUCCCUCACACUCAAUACACGAAAUACUUCCUCACAUCCAGAAAGGAACUAUCCACGACUCCCUCAAAGGAAACAGAGGAGGUAAAGUUGACUUAUGAUGCUUUAGGAUCAAUAGAUGAUUUCCACGGUGUCAGAUUUGAGACCAGGCCGUUUGAGAAACAAACGGAAAUAACGGGCCAUGUUACUGCGCAUUUAAAUGUCAGCAUGACUCCUGAUACCAGUGAGGACGCUAUGUUGGAGAAAGAUAUUGAUCUUUUUCUUACACUUCGACACAUCGAUCCUAGUGGGGAAGAGGUGUUGUAUACCGGUACAGCGGGCGACGGUGUCCCAUUAACCAAAGGCUGGUUACGCUGCUCGAUGCGAAAAGUUCACGAAAAGCACCCGAGACACAGAAGUUACUUGAUACAUCGAGAAUAUGUUUCUACAGAUGUGGAACAAGUCAAAGCAAGAGAGGUGUAUAAGGUGGAUGUCGAGAUCUGGCCAACGAAUGUCGUGGUUGAGAAGGGAGGGAGAAUUAUGCUUGAAGUAGCCAGUGGAGAUACGCAGGGUUGUGGGGUCUUCCAACAUAAUAGUGAGGCGGAUAGGCCAAGGUGGAAGUUUAUGGGGCAAAAUCACCUGCAUUUUGGAAGGGAGUUGGAGAAUUAUGUUACUCUUCCCAUUAUACCUACAGCAUAGAAAGUUGCCGAAAAUGAG